AGUUACAUCCGGGCGACUGGCGGCCUGCGGUGGUUUUGUUUUCUUGGCUGAGCUAGGGGGAAGUGAGGCCGCCCGGCGCAGUGUGACACCGGGUCUGGACCUUCUGCACCGGGCUGGACUGACCUGAAAAAUGUCUGGGUUUCUAGAAGGUGCAAGAUGCUCUGAGUGCAUUGACUGGGGAGAAAAGCGCAACACUAUUGCUUCCAUCGCUGCGGGUGUUCUAUUUUUCACUGGCUGGUGGAUUAUCAUAGAUGCCGCUGUGAUGUAUCCUUCAAUGGCAGAUUUCAACCACUCCUACCAUGCCUGUGGUGUCAUAGCAACCAUAGCCUUCUUAAUGAUUAACGCAGUAUCGAAUGGACAAGUCCGCGGUGAUAGUUACAGUGAAGGUUGCCUGGGCCAAACAGGUGCUCGCGUUUGGCUGUUCAUUGGUUUCAUGCUGGCCUUUGGGUCUCUGAUCGCAUCUAUGUGGAUUCUCUUCGGCGGUUAUGUUGCUAAGGAAGAGCACCCAGUAUAUCCUGGAAUUGCAGUAUUUUUCCAAAAUGCCUUCAUCUUUUUUGGUGGGCUGGUUUUUAAGUUUGGUCGCACAGAAGAUUUGUGGCAGUGAAGACAUGGGUUUCCGGCAGCACAGCAGCCCUGCAUAGGUUUUUUACCGCUCACUCCGUCUCUUUUGUAAUGCCGUCUCUUUUGUAACUUGAAGUUACGUGAUGCUAAAAUCAUGAGAAGUCCCUACUUAAACAGCAACAGCAACUCGAUCUGUCCUGUAUGCACUUGAUCACCUUAGAUAAUGUUAAAGGAACUGCUGCACGUGAGUAACUUCUGUCAAGUUCUAUCAAGUAUGAUUUGUAAAAAUAAAAGACAGAAAAAAGAAACAGUGGAUUUGUUGGUAUGGAUGUUUGUUUGAUCUGAGGUCCAAACCUGCAAUGAACAUGCUCUGAAGAGCUAAAUGUGUUUAUUUAAAUGUGGCUUCUUCUAUGUCAUAUGUUAAAUAUA